AUGCGAGCCACUCAUGCGAGCGUCGCUUCGCUCGCCAGCCUUCUCAUCCAGCUUGCUACCGCCAAGAUCCACUACGGCAUCGCCAACUAUGCCAACGGCAACAAAGACCACGCGACCUGGGUCGACGGCGAAGACGCCUGCCAGUAUACCUAUAUCGGCAACGCCUUCACGAACCCCUGUGACUUUAACGACCGCAUCUUCUUCUUGCCAAACGGGACGGACUGUCAGCUUACUGGAUGCAACGACAUCGAUAUCAGUGCUUCGACGCUGACGGAGGUCGAUACGACUAAUGCUUGGCCGGCGAAGUUUGAUGACUGGUAUAAUGCUGCCAGUGGCUGUGAGGACCAGUAUGGAGGGUACUAUGUUGAUCAGUGGUGA